GUUAUAGCUUCAGUAAAAUAGUCAAAGGCUAUUUAAAUCAAUUUUUUUCCUACUCUUAGAUAGAAAAUAUAAAAUUAUCAUGAGCAUUUCUAAUUGUAAAGAGAACCAAUCUAAAAUAGUAUUUUUUUCUUCAGAGAGUGUUGGAGAAGGAAAUCCAGAUAAAAUCUGCGAUCAAAUAAGUGACGCUGUGUUAGAUGCCCACCUUGAAAGAGACCCAAAUGCAAAAGUAGCGUGCGAAACUGUUAUGCAAAAUAGUAUGGUGUUCUUAUUAGGUGAAAUAUCAAGCACCGCUCGGGUUGACUAUGAACAGUUGGUUCGACAAACUAUUAAAAAGAUCGGUUACACACACAGUGAUCAGGGUUGCGACUAUAAACUACUUAACGUAAUUACUGCGCUCGAAGAACAAAGCCCCGACAUUGCCGAGAGUGUUCAUCUAGGUAAAGAAGAGGAAAGCAUUGGAGCAGGAGACCAAGGAAUAAUGUUUGGUUACGCAACUGAUGAAACCGAUGAAUGUAUGCCGUUGACAAUUGUUAUAGCUCAUAAGUUAAAUAUGAGAAUUGCGCAGUUGAGAAAAACGGGAGAGUUGAAAUGGGCACUACCGGAUUCAAAAACUCAAGUUACUGUCGAAUACUGCAUGAACGGUGGAUACUGCGUACCAAAGCGAGUAUCGGCGGUUGUUGUCAAUGUUCAACAAAGAGGCGGAGACAAAAAUUCGAUCAAAAACGAUAUUAUUAAAAUUGUUAAAGAGACAAUUCCUAAUCAAUUUUACGACGAAAAUACAGUUCUUCAUCUACAACAGGACAAUGCAGCCACUAGAGGUCCUUUUAGAUCAUGCGGCCUUACAGGACGCAAGAUUAUUGUCGAUACAUAUGGUGGAUGGGGGGCACAUGGCGGUGGAGCCUUUUCAGGCAAAGAUUUUUCGAAGGUAGACAGAAGCGCUGCCUAUGCCGCAAGAUGGAUUGCCAAAUCACUGGUUAAAGCUGGUCUAUGUAGAAGAGUACUUGUUCAACUUUCUUAUGCCAUUGGUAUUGCAGAACCUCUUUCAGUAUUCGUAAAUUCAUAUGGAACUGGAAUUAAAUCAGAUAAUGACUUGAUUAACAUUGUGAAACGAAACUUUGAUUUACGUCCUGGAAUAAUCGUCAGAGAUUUAAACCUUAAGGCAGCAAUUUAUAAGAGAACGGCCUGUUAUGGUCACUUUGGUCGGAAGGAAUUUACCUGGGAGCAACCAAAGAAUUUAAUUUACUGA